UUGAAGAAUGAAGAGGGCAGCAGACAUUGUUUCUCUUUUUCAAAGAGAAGCUAUGAAGAUAGGGAAGAAGAAGAAAGCAGAGAAUAUGUCGAAUGUGGCUGAAGAGCAGACUCGCGAAGUUGUGUGUAUGCCGGUUGUGAUCGAAGAGCAAAUUGAAGAACCAACAUUGUCUAUGUCAAAUGUGACCAUAGAGCAAACUGAGGAUGUGUCACCGCCAUCACCACCGGUUUAUGAUUUUAGUCGUCUUAAACAUGAUCCUGGGGACAGGCUACCCAUUGCAAGUUAUCCUAUCAAUGAUCAAGACGCAGUUCGAAGAGCAUAUAUCCUUAAAAAGCCAUUCAAACCUUAUUCACAUGACUUUAAGAAAAGAACAAUUGGGAGUAGAGAACGUUCAUUCAAUCCUUUGUGGCUUCAUAAUCAUAGUUGGCUUGAAUAUAGUACCAAGAAGGAAUCUGCAUUUUGCUUUGUAUGUUACUUGUUCAAAGAGAAAAAAACUAGUGGUAAGGGAACUAAUGCAUUUACUGAUGGUGGUUGGAGUAAUUGGAAUAGAGAGGAUGCUCUUCUUAAGCAUGUUGGUUGCGUAUCAAGUGUGCAUAAUGCAGCUCAAGAGAGAUCUAACUUAUUUGUGAAUCCUCGUGCAGCUAUUGAUGAUCUUUUUGUGAAGGUGAACAGUGAGGAUCUGCGUCUUUACAAGAUGAGGUUGAAGUAUUCACUUAGAUGCUUGCAGUUUCUUCUUCAUCAAGGAUUGGCAUUUCGUGGGCAUGAUGAAAGUGAAGAGUCUAGCAAUAGAGGAAACUUCCUUGAGCUAUUGAAGUGGUUUGCAGCAAAUAGUGAGGAGGUGAAUAAGUAUGUUUUGAAGAAUGCACCAGGUAACUGCCAAUUGACAUCUCAUCAGAUACAACAUCAGAUUAUUCAAUGUUGUGCACAACUUACUAGAAAGAAAAUUAUUGAUGAACUUGGUGAUGAGCACUAUGCUAUUCUAGCUGAUGAGUCUAGUGAUGUAUCACAUAAAGAACAACUAGCUUUAUGCUUGCGUUUUGUUGAUAAAGUAGGGAGGCCGUCUGAGCACUUUCUUGGAGUUGUUCAUGUAAGUGACACUACUUCAUUGUCACUUAAGGAAGCAAUUGAAACUUUACUUACUGAUCAUGGUUUGACUAUAACACAAAUUCGUGGGCAAGGAUAUGAUGGGGCUAGUAAUAUGAGAGGAGAAAUUAAAGGAUUGAAAACAUUGAUCAUGAAAGAGUCACCUUCUGCCUAUUAUAUUCAUUGUUUUGCACAUCAACUCCAGCUAGUUCUUGUUGCUGUUGCCAAGGGAAAUGAUGAUUGUGUGUGGUUUUUUGAUCGAGUGUCUUUAUUACCGAAUGUUAUUGGAGUGUCUUGUAAGCGUCAUGACAUGCUUCGAGAUGCUAGACUUCAGAAUAUCCUGAAACUACUUGAAUGUGGUGAGUUACAAACCGGGAGUGGUUUGAAUCAAGAGAUGGGGUUACCUAGGCCUGGUGAUACUCGGUGGGGCUCUCAUUACAAAACUGUUCUUAACAUUAUUGCUAUGUAUCCCACAAUCCGUGAUGUGCUCAUAACUCUUGGACAAGAUGCUUCACAAAGAAGUGAUUGGCCCAAAAUUCAUACUAUUGUUGGAGUGUUUGAGUCAUUUGACUUUAUUUUCAAUGCACACUUGAUGCUUGUCAUUCUUGGAUACACAAGUGAUUUGUCUGAUUGUUUGCAAAGAAGAGACCAAGAAAUUCUUACUGCAAUGGCACUUGUUAGAACUGCAAAAAGUAGAAUACAAGAGCUUAGGGAUAAUGGGUGGGAUGCAUUUUUGCAAAAGGUCACACUAUUCUGUAACAAGCAUGGCAUUCAAGUUCAUAUAAUGGAAGAUAAUUAUGUGCCUUAUGGAAGAUCAACACGGUUUGCUCGACCCCAAACAAAUGAUGAUCACUUUAGAAGAGAAGUUUUUCUUGGAGUCAUUGAUCAAAUUAGUCAAGAGCUUGAAAAUCGGUUUGAUGAGAUCAAUAUGGAGCUGCUAUCUUGUAUGUCUGCUUUGAAUCCCGCCAACUCAUUUGCUGCUUUUGAUGCACAAAAGGUACGAAGACUUGCUGAUUUUUAUCCCAAAGACUUUUCAAGUGCCGACUUGAUACACCUUGAACUACAACUUGAUAACUAUAUUGAUGACAUGAGAAAUGAUGAGAACUUUCAAGGCCUUGGGAAUCUUGUUGAUCUCUCUGUUAAGCUUGUCCAAACAGGGAGACAUAUAGUUCAUCAUUUGGUGUACUUGCUUUUAAAAUUGGUAUUGAUUCUCCCGGUGGCAACGGCAAAUGUUGAGAGAGCAUUUUCUGCCAUGAGUUUUGUCAAGAACAAGUUGAGAAAUAAGAUGGGUGAUAGUCUUUUGGAUGAUUGCCUAGUCACAUACAUUGAGAGGGAUGCUUUCUUCGAGGUGAAUGAAGAUGACAUAAUUGACACCUUCAUGGCAAUGCAAAAACGUAGGCCAGAAAGAUAGUCUUUUUGAACUUCUCAAGGUUGGCGAUGAUUGACUUAAACGAAUUGCCUGUUGAUGAUGCUCACUCUGAAGUGCGUUUUACGGGUGGGAUUGGAGUUGAAGACCCCAUGUACUGCACGCAGCCUAAUGCCCCAUAACUCGGUGGAGUCUACAAUGAGGUUGUAGGAGAAUCGCCUAAUGCCAUGAGUACCCAACAUGCUCCUGUUGCGCCUGAAGAAGCUAUGCAGACAGAAGGCGACAUUUUUGAUGACACAACGACGUUUGGUGAAACAGGUGGAACUAUUGCACAAGGGGUUGUGGGAAAUGUUAAUGACGAUGAAGCUUGGUCCCAACCAAGAGAGCCUUUCAUAGGAAUGAGGUUUGAUACUCUUGAGUGUGCUCAAGAACAGUACAAUGCCUAUGCUCUCCGACUUGGGUUUUCGAUGAACACUUCUAGGAAAAACACAAAAACUGGAAAGUUGGAGAAGCAACAAUUUGUUUGCAAUAAGUUUCGAAAACCAAAAGUUGAUGAUGGAGGUGCGGAAACUGUCCCUGCCCUAGAUGUGAUUGAGGACACUAAUGGAGAUGCAGAAGAUGGUGCAGACGAUGAGAUUGUCUUCCUUGAUGAUGAGUGCAGGAAAAAAAGAAGUCCAAGAAAAGAAAGCGAGAUACAAUAGCGCAGACAGGAUGCAGAGCAAGGAUGGUUGUGAAGCUAAAGGAUGGUCGGUGGGAGGUGGUUUUCUUUAUUGCUGAACACAAUCAUGCAUUGGUUAACAAGCCAUCACUAAGUAAGUACCUUCGAUCA